CGGUAUUUCAAGAUGGCGCUCUCCAUGUGAAGAAUAGAAGUUGUCACCAAUUCAACAAAUGGCUGAGCAGAGUGAACUGGAGAUGCUGCGAGCUCAGCUAGCUGAAGCUCACAAAGAAAUCAACGUACUGAAGAGAAGACUGUGCGAACAAGACGGCCCAAAAACAAGUACAAGAAAGUUGGAGGGAGUGCAGGGAGAUAAUGUGGAACAUCAGUUGCCUAAAUCUGAUUUCAAGACAAAAAAAGAGAAGCUUGACAACACCAGCAUAGAGCGAUACAGUCGACAGCUCAUCCUCCCGGAAAUUGGUGUCAAAGGUCAGCUGAGGUUAUGUAACAGUUCCGUUCUGAUUGUUGGUGCAGGUGGACUGGGAUGCCCUGCAGCCAUCUACCUGGCUGCAGCAGGGAUAGGCCAGCUCGGUGUAGUGGACUAUGAUGAGGUAGAGUUGGGCAACCUCCAUCGACAGAUUCUUCACACCGAGGAUAGAAUCGGAAGACCUAAAUCACAAUCAAUCUCUGCAAGUGUUUCAAGAUUAAAUUCAGCGGUUGUCUGCGUACCUCACCAUAUGCAACUAGACAGCGGGAAUGCAAUGGAUGUCAUCAAGAAAUAUGACAUAGUGCUUGACUGCACUGACAACGUGGCGACUCGUUAUCUCCUAAACGAUGCCUGUGUCUUGGCAGGGAAGCCGCUGGUCUCGGGGAGUGCGCUCAGAUUUGAAGGACAGCUGACGAUUUAUAACUACAAUGGUGGUCCAUGCUACAGAUGUCUGUAUCCCAAGCCACCUCCGCCAGAAACAGUCACUAACUGCUCAUCAGGUGGAGUCCUAGGAGUAGUUCCAGGAAUCAUUGGCUGCUUCCAGGCCUUAGAGGCAGUGAAAAUAGCUGCUGGAAUAGAAGCGUCGUUCAGUCAGAAGCUUCUCAUCUUAGACGCAUUAGACGGAAGGCUGUGUACAAUCAAACUCCGCCCGAGACAACCAAACUGUGUCCUGUGUGGUAACAACCCCACCAUUCAUCAACUCAUUGAUUACGAACAGUUCUGUGGAGCAAGUGCCACUGAUAAAUGCAUUAGCCUUCUUCUUCUAUCAGCUGAAGAUCGAGUGAGUGUGAAGGACCUUUCGGUAGUUUUACGAGAGGACAAUAUCGACGAUGUACCAGUUUUACUUGAUGUCAGACCUGCAGUGGAAUUUGAGAUCUGCAGAUUGCCAAAUUUUAUUAACAUUCCGAUUGAUGAAGUGAACAAAUCCAAGUCUCUGGACCUAAUUACAGAGGAGGUGUCCAAGAGAAGCAAGACAUCGACUCAAACCAGAGUGUUUGUGGUGUGUAAACAAGGCAACGAUUCCCAAAUUGCUGUGAAGACGUUACGAGAGAAGUUAGCCUCCAUUCCAGCAGUUAUCAAGGAUAUCAGAGGAGGACUAUCAGCAUGGACUACACACAUUGACCCAGACUUUCCAAAGUACUGAUUGAGACAAGACCUAAAUUCACAAAUUGCUGUGAAGACGCUACUAGAGAAGCUAGCCUCUGUUCCAGCAGUUAUCAAGGAUAUCAGAGGAGGGCUAUCAGCAUGGACUACACACAUCGACCCUGACUUUCCAAAGUACUGAUUGAGACAAGGCUACACUUCGGGGAAUUUUUGUUUCCUUGCAGUUGAACUUGAGCUUUUUGUAAAAUACAUUAACUGACCUGGCUAGUAUGUGCACUUUGCUUGCCCCAGAAAGUUUGAGUAGCCCAGACUUUAAACAUGUAUUGUACAUGUAAUACGUUUCCUGCUGUAUUACUAUUAAUGGAAGUAAUCACAACAAGUGCACAUGUACACUGGGGGGACAAAUAUAAUAUAAGGAUACAUCAUUCACGCAUUAAGCUACAAUUGCACAUUUUACAUUUAUUUACUUUUCAAUACCCUCACAAUACAGAGUAAUAUGGAAUAUUUACACAAGACGGAACAUUUUCAAACCCUCCUACUCUCGGCAUCAUCUUCCAGUGAGUAUGCUCAACCAUUUGAAACCCUUCAACUGCAUGGGUUUUGUAGGGUGGCAGCACUUUGCACAAAACUGUGUACAUGGGUGUACUUUCUCCACAUGGUAUUACAUUGCACUGCUGGCUGACAUAGUUUAUCUAUCGGUGCGUUCGAUUAACUUCCCCGGUCUGCCCCCGGUGCGUUCGAAUAGCUUUGACCUUAUUCCGGGGGCUCACCCGGGUCAGCCCC